GAUAUUGCCGGGGACCAAGAGACAGAUAAAGAAGUUACCCUGUACUUUUCGCGGCGUGAUCGUGGCGAACCAAAUAGAUGGGCACCGCAGUUGCCAGACUGCGCACCAGCUGGCUCUCUCUACGCAGUCAUCUUAAGAAGAGUAGAAAUUCCGCGGAUCGAUAUCCAGUCCAUUACUUACGCAGAUAUCCUUACCAGCGGCGCCAGGCAUGCGCUGCGGGUUUCCCAGAUACGCGACACUCCAAGCAGUCCUGUGAUCCCUAUCAAUGUCGGUGAUAUAAUUUGUUGUAUUGGGACGUUGGAAGUAUUGGGUCGCAGCCUCAGUGAAAUUGGGCAGCAGGUUCAGGCUGCACUGGGCACAACGCUUGUCAGACUACGGCUCUACCGACCUCCAAGUGGCGUGGACGGGUCGGCAGCUGCUCGUGCCGCGGAUGCAGCAAGUAGGACUGCCGAUACACCAUUCGUCGAUCUUGAACAUCUGAGCAAGCCAGCAAAAAAGCGUACGCAGGCGUCGCACAUUUCUGCACCAGAUGAUUUGGAGACAUCGUCGCUCGGCCAGGAUAUCAAGAUCGCCCGAACGCUGCGAGACUACCAGGAGGUGGGUGUGACUUGGAUGGUAGCUAACCGCACGUGUGGGCGCGGUUGCAUCUUGGCGGACGAGAUGGGCCUUGGGAAGACAGCCCAAGCAUGCUGCGCGCUGGACCGCAUUCUAGGAUUGGUACAUAGUGAAGCUGUGGCACUCGUUGUUGUGCCUUUAAGUACGAUCGAACAGUGGCGACGGGAGCUUGCUGUUUGGGCGCCUCGAUUAGAGGUUUGUGUAUAUCACGAUGCAACAUCGCGUGGACGAGAGCUCAUGCGAUAUUUUGAGUGGGGUGAAGACACGUCGCCAAGGUUUGACGUACUGGUAGCGACCUAUGAGACUAUCACCCAUGAUACGGCGCUUCUUGCGCGCUGCGGAGCUGUGUGGCGCGUUUGCGUUGUUGAUGAAGCGCACCGAUUGAAGAAUGACAAAUCUCAGCUUGCAGUGAGCCUAGAAAAAGUUUUAGCGCAUACGCCAAUCUCAAAGCAGUGGCGUCUAUUGAUCACAGGCACGCCUCUACAGAACAAUCUGCGUGAACUCUGGUCCCUCCUCCACUUUGCCGACCGCGACAAAUUUCAAGAGUCUGAUCAGUUCUUUGCUGAAUUCUCUCGUGUCGAGAGAGGUGAUCUCGACGAGCUCGCAAACUUGCACGAGAUUCUUGAACCGAGGCUUCUGCGGCGUGUUAAAGAAGAUGUCGCCAAGGACAUUCCCGAGAAACAAGAAACUGUCAUUGAUGUUGAGCUUACAACUAUGCAAAAACGUCUCUAUCGUGCCAUUUAUGAGAAAUCUGCAUCGCUUUUGAGCAGCAUCAACUGCGGCAUUGCCGGUUUGAACUAUGUGCAGAUGUCUCUGCGCAAUGCCUGUAAUCAUGCUCUUCUGGUGCGAGGAAUUGACGACGCGCUUUUGAGUGAGCCUGAUUCACUCGUCAGAGGUAGUGGCAAAUUCGUCCUACUCACUAAGCUGUUGCCGCGCCUCAAGUCUGAGGGUCGCAAGGUUCUUAUUUUUUCCCAAUUCGUGCGAUUACUCCAUCUUCUUGCUGAGCUCUGUGAUACCAAUGGCUUCAUGUACGAGCGUCUAGAUGGGACUGUGAAGAUGGCCGCGCGUCAGAAAUCCAUUGAUCGGUUUAACGACCCCUGCUCGGAUGCCUUCAUUUUUCUUCUCUCUACGAGAGCUGGAGGCGUGGGCCUCAAUCUUCAGGCUGCAGAUACAGUUGUAAUUUUUGACAGCGACUGGAACCCACAGAACGACGUCCAAGCACAGGCCCGCUGCCAUCGUCUUGGCCAGACAAAGGAUGUCAUGGUAUACCGCCUUGUUGCCUCGCGUUCAUUCGAGGGCGAGAUGUUCGAACGUGCUUCCAGGAAGCUUGGUCUCGAGAAAGCAGUCCUCGGCUCAGGCGGGUCAGAUCGUGACGAUAAAGUAGAGCCCGACCGCAAGCAGCUUGAGCAACUCCUUAAGAAGGGUGCUUAUGCUCUUCUUCAGAGUGACGAGGAUGAAAAGCAUCGGUCAGAACAGUACGCGGAUGCCUCCAUUGAUUCCAUCCUUGGCGAGCGAGCAUCAACUAGAAUAAUUGCGCAAACAAAGUCUAAAGCCAAGUUUUCGAGCGGCAUUCAGGCGAUGACAACGCGGUUUGGACUAGGAAGCUCUGAAACGACUGGAAGUGGCGUCGCCCUCGAUGAUCCUGACUUCUGGGCAAAGCUGUGUCCGGACUCUUUGGCGUCUGCUGCAAUCCUUCGGGAACGCCUCGAUCGCCGCGGUCCGCAAGUACCCAUCGAGAAUGAGAGCAAGUGGGUAUCCGAUCUUGUUUCCCUCGGCGGUGAACUUGCGAACCGCUUCGAUGUCGAUGCUCUGCGCGAGAAAAAUGCACUUCGUGAAGUCGCGCUCAUUGCGUCCCUCCGUACACACCAAUUUUCGACUGUUUCCCGCCAAGAGAUUCGUCAUCUUCAUGCUAUGCUCGACAACACGCGCCGUCGCGCCUGCCGCGACGAGCGAGAUACUUCACCCAGUUUGACUGCGGGAGCACCCCCGUCGGGUAGCCAUGCCAAUCGCAAAGCAUUCCGCACAGCUUCCACACUUAAGCAUGCAAUCCCAAGUCGGUCGCACCGCUAUAGUAGUAGAUUACCAGGUCACUAUCGAUGCCGCGCUCUGCUGCACAUCGCGCCCUACGUUCG